AUGGACCAGUACUUCACGCCAGCAGUACCUAUUUUAAGGAGGAGAUUUUCUCGCAUACAAAGGGUUGAGUGUUCAUUCUUUGCUGGAACUAUCAACAACAUAACGUGUUCCACUACUUCUAAAGGUGCAGACGAGCUUUCGCUCAAUCAAUCUCAACUUUCAAGACUAGUUAACACUGGCUGCAAACUAGUAGGAUGUGGCUCCGCAGUACCAAGUCUGAAAGUUUCCAAUGAUGAUCUUGCAAAAAUUGUUGACACUAAUGACGAAUGGAUAUCUGUAAGGACCGGGAUUCGUAACCGUAGAGUUCUUUCAGGCAAAGAGAAUUUAACAGGUCUGGCUAUAGAGGCUUCAAGGAAAGCUCUAGGGAUGGCAGAGGUUAAUCCUAAAGAUGUUGACCUAAUUUUAAUGUGUUCUUCAACUGGAGAUGACCGUUUUGGCAGUGCUCCCCUGAUCCAAAAAGCACUCGGCUGCAAAAGCAAUCCAUUGGCUUUUGAUAUUACAGCUGCUUGUAGCGGGUUCUUGCUGGGUUUGUUUUCUGCUACAUGCUACAUCAAAGCUGGUGGUUUUAAGAAUGUUCUUGUAAUUGGGGCUGACGCAGUUUCUCGCUUUGUUGAUUGGACGGAUAGAGGUUCAUGUAUUCUCUUUGGGGAUGCUGCUGGUGCUGUGCUUAUGCAGGCCUGUGAUAUUGGAGAAGAUGGUUUGUUUGGUUUUGACUUGCAUAGUGACGGUGAUGGUAAAAGGCACUUGAUUGCUCCUUUUAUAGAGAACGAAACAGAAGACGGAUCAAGUACAAGUUUUCCACCCAAAGGUUCCUCUUAUUCCUGCCUCAAGAUGAAUGGCAUAGAGAUCUUUAAGUUUGCUGUCCGUGUUGUCCCACAAUCAAUUGAGGCAGCUUUAGACAAGGCAGGUUUCAGUCGAUCUAAUUUGGAUUGGUUGCUCCUCCAUCAGGCAAACCAAAGGAUUAUCGAUGCUGUAGCAACACGGUUAGAGAUGCCAUCGGAGCGUGUCAUCUCCAAUUUGGCAAAUUAUGGAAAUACCAGUGCUGCAUCCAUUCCCUUGGCAUUGGAUGAAGCUGUUCGGAGCGGGAAGGUGCAGGCAGGACACGUCAUUGCUGCUGCUGGAUUUGGGGCUGGCCUUACAUGGGGUUCUGCAAUACUCAGAUGGAGGUGAAUAUAACUGCUGCUGGCCUCAUAUCUGGGUAAUGCAUCAUUCAGAUAACACGGAGGAGACCUAACUGGUAUUAGUUCAACUGAAAUCCCUCUUCCUUGAUUUUUUUAAAUAAAAAUGUAAAUUAUUUGAAAAAUUGAAAUAUAAAUAUAUUCUGAAAGAUGACAUUGCUUGACAAAAGGAAGAAUUGUGUAAUGGUCAACUGGAUUCCUCUGAUAAAAGAGUACACGUUUGAGCCUCAAAAGCACGUCAUGCUGCAAUUUUUUAAAUGUUUACUAUUCGUGUCUUAGGUUUUAAUAUGUAACUUCUCUAUCGCUUUUUAAGUUUGUUAUACUGGUAUUAUAAAGUGGGAAAUAGGAAGUGAA